AUGACGACUACCGCACAGCACAAGACGCGCGUCAAGGUGGUGUUUGGGUGCAUGACCUUUGGCGCUGCGGGCGCAGAGCAGGCGCGCGUCCACGACCUGAACGACUGUCGAGCCAUCGUGGACAUCUUUGCGUCGCACGGGCACACGGAGCUCGACACGGCGCGCAUGUACGGAUUGGGCAGCUCGGAAGACUAUCUGCGUCAACUUGGCUACACCGUCCCCAAUUCGCAAGGAUUCGAGGUGGCGACCAAGGUGUUCCCCAGUGCACGCAAGGCCAACUUCCCCAGCAAGGACAAGUACACCUUCUCGGCCGCCGACAUUUCCCGUUCCAUCGACGAUUCCCUGCGCACAUUGGGCACGUCGAGUUUCGACCUGUUCUACCUGCACUCUCCCGACCGCGAAACACCACUCGAAAGUACGCUGGAGGCAGUGAACGCCGCGUACGUGCAGGGCAAGUUCAAGAGAUUCGGUGUCAGCAACUACCGUGCAGAUGAAGUGGACCAAAUCAUCCAAAUCGCCGACAAGAACGGAUGGGUCAAACCCGUCGUCUACCAGGGACUCUACAAUGCCAUUACUCGCACAGCAGAAGAGGCACUCUUCCCUACCCUGCGCAAGCAUGGAAUUGCAUACUAUGCUUACAACCCCCUCGGAGGAGGAUUCUUCACGGGCGCUUUCAACCCCCAAUCGGAUGUGGAGAAAGGCUCGAGGUUCGAUCCGGAACGAGCCCAGGGCCAGAUGUAUCGCCAGAGGUACUGGACCGAACACUACUUCAACGCCAUCGAGGCUAUCCGUCCCGUUGCGGAGAAACAUGGUCUGAGUACCGCAGAGAUCGCGCUCAGGUGGAUGAUGCACCACUCGGCACUCGACCCCGCGCACCGAGACGCCGUGAUCAUCGGCGCAAGCUCAACCAAGCACAUCGAGCAGAACCUGAUCGACCUCGAAAAGGGACCCCUCCCCCAAGAUGUCCUCGACGCUGUUGACAAGGCGUGGAACAUCGUCAAACCCCACGCUCCCGCUUACCACCACUAG